AUGCCAGCCAUCGUAAGGUUCGCGGGCAUCCAGACCCCUUGCCACCGGCCACCACCCCGGCUUCCGCGGACCCCUGCCCUGCCGAAGCUCCGACCUGCUCCCUCUCCUCCCCUGCAGCCUGGGGGGUGGCUCCUCCCAUCUGUCCCCAGCAUUGCCCCUUUGUGCACAGAUUAUUUAUGUAAACCAGAAGACAACGUCUACAGUAUUGACUUCACCCGCUUCAAAAUUCGAGAUCUGGAGACGGGGACGGUGCUUUUUGAGAUUGCCAAACCUUGCGUUGCAGACCAGGAGGACGACGAUGAGGAGGGUGGAGACGUGGAUAUCAGUGCUGGCAGGUUCGUCCGCUAUCAGUUCACACCGGCGUUUCUCCGCCUCCGCACUGUUGGAGCCACAGUGGAGUUCACAGUGGGGGACAAACCUGUGUCAAACUUCCGGAUGAUUGAGCGGCACUAUUUCCGGGAGCGCCUGCUGAAGAACUUUGAUUUUGAUUUUGGCUUCUGCAUCCCCAGUAGUCGGAACAGCUGCGAGCACAUCUACGAGUUCCCCCAGCUCUCCGAGGAUGUCAUUCGACUGAUGAUUGAACACCCUUAUGAGACCCGCUCCGACAGCUUCUAUUUUGUCGACAACAAGUUGAUAAUGCACAACAAAGCAGACUAUGCUUAUAACGGGGGCCAGUGACUGCUGGGGGCCCAAGGGGAGGUGCAGCGCUGCGGCCACGAGCUCCUGGCGCUCACAGGUGCUAGAAGCUGCUACUCUCAACACACAUCUGGAACCCAGCUCGGGAAGCCAAGGCCGUCCCCAUGCUGCACGCAGGGAGGUGUGCUGCGCAGCUGCCUUCUCUCCCCAGGGCUCCCUCUGUCCUUCCCCUGGACCUGUAGGUCGCAGAGGUACCAUAGCAAAGUCAGAGAUUAGGGUAAGGCUCCUGGAAUCCAGAUCACAAGGACAGUGUCCCUUCCGGGUGGCCUGUUGGAGGACAGUGCCAGCUGGGCCAUUCGCCGGGAGCAGCUCAUCUCAUGGUUCCAGGUGCAGAGGGAGCCCUGUUGGGCACCUCAAGAGCCCGUCCUCAGCUGUUGCCCCAUCAUUCCCAGAUGGAAGGAGCUGGUGCCAGGAGGGUGAAGUUGGAUCCUGGCAUAUAUGGUGACUCAGGCUCCACUCCCAGCGCCUUCCGGGCAAGCCAGUCCUUGGAUGAACAGAGGUACCAACCUGGCAGUGCCUUCCUGUCCCCGGUGGGGAGGGGACAGCUUGCCGUCUGGAGCAGCUCCGGAAACCAAGGAGGACCCUCUGGAGAUGAGGGGUCUGUCUUGCUCAUGGAACAUCCGGGUCUUCUGAGGCUCCAGUAGGCCUCGCAUUUGUUUCUUUUGUCUUUUCUAAUUCCAGACUUCUCUUUGGAGGUUUUAUGAAACAUUGGUGGCAUUGCCACACAGGUGAGGUGCAGUUGGACUUGUGUCACGCUUCCAGGUUGCCGGGGCUGGGCCCAGCCAGCUCCUGAUGGACUGGAUGGUCAUCGAGCCACUGGUGUGGCCUGGUUCAUGGGCCUUUCCCAGGGCCCUGUUGGGAAAACCUGCGCAUGUCCUAUUUAGAGGGCUUUCCUGUCUUGCCUUUGGCCUGAAGCAGCUGCUGGGAUCAUCCUGGAAGGCCCAGUGUAAGCAGAGCCCAUUCUAGUCCCUCAGAGCUGGCCUGCUGGACCAGGCAUGUGGACAGAGCAAAGACGCUGAGGCAGCCUGUUCCAGAGAAGUGUUCUUGAAAAAGUGCCCCUGUGUAUCCUGGAAGCUCCUUUUAUCCCCAGGCUUAGGGGUCAGGCUCCCCACCUCAGCUCCUGGGGGUGGGGGGUUGGGGGGGGUUCUUUUGCACUGAUAGACAGGUGUCAGUGGGUAGGUCUGGAGGUGUGGUAGCUGUCACUGUGGACUGUCCCACUUACCAAGGUGUUUGGCAGGAAGGCUGUGUGGCCCCUUCACCGACCCCUGCUGUCCUCUGCAUGGAUUCCAGGGCUGAGCAUAUUUGAACUUGGCCCGGGGCCCUGGACUGUGUCCGCCCUGAGCUAGCAGCUCUUGUGUGUGCUUGGGCAGAGACUGUGGCCUAACAGAGGCUGCUGCUUGCCAGGCUGGAUGGCUUUUAGAAUGGGGUUGACUCUAUCCAGGUGCCUUGUGUGCACUCUGCCCUACGCAUGUGCUGCAGGGGAGGUGGCGUGGCCACCGCCUCUCCUGGGCUGUGGAGACAGCAGCACUGUCUCCUCGCCCUGUGUCAUGGAGCCUCACCCUGAGUCCUGGGCUCCCUCGGUCCCUCUGUCCAUGUGGCCUGGAAGUGUGCCCCAGGGCAGACUGCCACGAGAUCUGAGUGGGAUUCUUUCUCCACAGAGUCCGCUCUAGUAAGGCCAGGGGGCAGGAGGAGAGGUGGAGUCGGCCUGAGGAGGGCGUGUUCCCUCCCUCCUUAGCUGCAGGCCCACCAAGACAUAGUCUGCCCAGUAGGACAGGGACUUGACUUGCUGCUCCCUAGGUCUGGUGUCUGAGUCUGGCCACCGCUCAGGAAAUCUCGAGAAGAAGGGUUACCACUCAAGCUGCCCGUGGGAGUUGGAAAUGCCUGUUUCUGUGCCUGAUCCAGGGAACACGUUGGAAGUCACCCUUUCUGAAUGGAAGGGAGCUGAGAAUCAGGGUCUGUGUUAUCACAGCAGCCGGACUGCUGAUAGCAGGUUAUCUUUUCAUGAUGUCACAGUUGAGGGAGCCUUGCACCCCCCUAGAGCUUGCGUCUUGAGAAGCCCCCGGGUGGUGCUUUCCAGAGCUUGGCAGGUCAGGCCCCCUUGCUAGUUUUGUCUGAUUCCUGCCCUUGCUCUAUCGAACCUUUGCCUGAGAUGCCCUCCCCACUUCUCCCAAGGAGACCCUGGUUGGUGGUCUCUACAUGUGGAAGGGCGAACAGAAAGGAGGACGGGGAGUUGUGGGCGUGUGGGAGAGGAUCUUGCCAAAUGUGUUUGCUCGAAGCCGUCUCAUAGGCUAGGGCCAUGUGCCUCCUGAAAACACACUCACUGUAGAGCCAUCCAGUUCGCAGGCCCCCACUCCCCACUGCCACUGUGUCCAUUCUGGCUUGUAGUGGCCCUUAUAGUGCUUUGGGGAAGCAAUUAGGUAGUUGUCACCCUGUGCUUCCAGUUGAGGAGGGACUCAUCUAUGGCAUGGAUUCGAUGGGCUGCAUCUGACACACAUCUGGGGGCAUGCCUUUGUGUGUCCUGCUGCCCUGGUGGUCAGUUACUGGCAUUGGUGGGUUUGCCCCGGGGACUGCCCUAAAACUCAGUGUCCAGACUCCUUGCCAGCUGGGAGGCCGCCAUGGCGUGGAGGGCGCUGUGUACCUGGGGUGGAGCCCAGGCUCUGUCGUUCACAUUCCACGUCCCAGAACAUCUCAGUCACGGCAGGACCGGCGGUGGACGGACCCUUGUCCUACCAAGGAUCACACACAGUCAUUGACGUGGUGGAAAUCUAUUUUUCUCCCUGUAAAUCUAUUUUUCACAGAAUUUAAUGCACAUCAAUGACCUGAUCUGUCAUCCUUGUCCCCACUCCCCAAGGUCCUCAUUCCACUGUGCUCUCUCUGUAUGUCCAAAGUGAACCUGGAAAUUUCUUUGUAUAAGAUGUUAUUUUGCCACAAGAAAACCAGAAUAAAGGAAUGAUUUUCUCAGUA